GCGGCGGCAGCGGGGAGCGGCGGGGAGCGGCGGGAGCCGGCCAUGCCAGUGCUCGCCGGCGGUGCUGAGUCAGAAGCAGGUAUCCCGAAAGCCCCUUCUGAUGAGCGGCGCCCCGGGGCCAUGGAGGAGCUGGAGCACACCUGUCCGCAGCCGCGCCUGACUCUGACAGCACCUGCCCCGUUUGCAGAUGAAACAAGCUGUCAGUGCAGAGCACCCCACGAGAAGCUGACCAUUGCACAAGCCCGCCUGGGAACACCAGUUGACAGACCUGUCAGAGUGUAUGCAGAUGGGAUAUUUGACCUCUUCCACUCUGGCCAUGCUAGAGCUCUUAUGCAAGCCAAAACUCUAUUCCCAAAUAGCUACUUAUUAGUAGGAGUUUGCAGUGAUGAUUUAACUCAUAAGUUCAAAGGCUUCACUGUGAUGAAUGAAACGGAGAGAUAUGAAGCCCUCAGACACUGUCGCUAUGUGGAUGAGGUCAUCAGAGAUGCACCCUGGACACUAACACCAGAAUUCCUUGAGAAACAUAAGAUUGACUUUGUAGCCCAUGAUGACAUCCCAUACUCCUCUGCUGGCUCGGAUGAUGUAUACAAGCACAUAAAAGAGGCAGCUACCUGCCGCAGUGCCUGGUCCUGCCGUGCUUUCCCAGCUGGCUUUCUUUUCCCACUUUGCUCAGGAAUGUUCGUACCAACGCAGAGAACUGAAGGUAUCUCAACAUCAGAUAUAAUCACAAGGAUUGUGCGGGACUACGAUGUGUACGCCCGGCGCAACCUCCAGCGAGGAUACACCGCCAAAGAGCUGAACGUUAGUUUUAUAAAUGAGAAGAAAUAUCGCUUUCAAAACCAAGUGGACAAAAUGAAAGAAAAAGUAAAGAACGUAGAGGAGAAAUCAAAAGAAUUUGUCAACAAGGUGGAAGAGAAGAGCCAUGACCUCAUUCAGAAAUGGGAAGAAAAGUCCAGGGAAUUUAUUGGCAACUUUUUAGAGCUGUUUGGACCCGAUGGAGCUCUGAAGCAGAUGUUCCAGGAACGAAGCGGCCGAAUGCUCCAGGCUUUCUCUCCGCGGCAGAGCCCAACCAGCAGCCCUACACGAGGCCGCUCGCCAUCCCGCUCACCAUCCCCUCCGUGGGUCUUCAACAAAGCCUCCCCGCCCUCCUCUCCUAAAGCCGCCUCCGCCUCCCUCAGCAGCAUGAGCGAGGGAGACGAGGAUGAAAAAUAAAAUACAGAUAUAUUUUUUUAACCAUGAGACAGAAGAACAAGCUGUGGACUCAACCGCUGGAUAGGGAGAAGCGUGAGGAACAUCUGGGGUAUCUCUGACAGCGGGGAACGUGCUCUGGGAGAUGUUGGAAACGGACUGGAGCACAGCAAGGGAAAUCUCAGGAAGAGUGUGUCCCAUCCCCGCUCCCUCGCAGUGCCGUACUGGCAGCGUUUGCCUGGCAUGGUGCUGGGGACUGGCAGGAUAGCAUCCACCUGCGAGUGAGCUCCUGUCCAUGUGCUGCUGCUUCCUGCUGCUGGGGGCCGGCCGGAGCGAGGGUUAGGGGGGAGAACCUGUGCUGAGCAGGGCAGGCAGGUGCCACAGUCCUCCACAGUCCACAGAUGACCCAGCAUGUGGGCACACAGCUGUGGCUAGCGGUUGGAGAAACUGGACCCUGCUAACCCUGAGCUCUUCCAGCACGUGAAGGAAGGGCACUGCUGCAGCAAAUAUAUUCAGAAACAGAAAAUGAACCUUCUUUUCUGAAUGAAAUUCACCCCAGACCUCAAAUCAUGCCAGCAAAAUGGAGAGUUGUCCAGCUGAGCAGACGGAAAGUCAUUUGAUAUGUUCAAACUGCUGAAUGUUGCUUGUUGACCAAGCCUCUGUUCAGGGCAUAUGUAAAGAUUCCAGCUGUACAAACACCCUGAGCUUUAUCAAAUCUUUCUCCAUGUUCCUAGUGCCUGAACAGCUACGUCACAACCUCCGUUCCCCAGGUUUGCGCUUUGGAGACAAGAAAGUAAGUGAAGACCACCCUAGCUGGAAUUUCUUGCAGUGGGAAAUAACUGGUCUGAGGACUGGCAUUUUCUGCUGGUGAAUGGUACUAACAUAUGUGGAGUCCUGCUACCCAGGAACAGACCGACCUCUCCUGGAAAUCCUGCUGCUCCCAGACAUCACCCUACGGCAGUCCCAGCAGUGCUGCUGUCCCCAUGUGCUACUAAUCUAGUUGAAAGAAAUUUCGCAUGAAGCUCUGAACCAAGUAUGUCCAUAGAUAUGCUGUCCUUGCAUGGGAUGCUGGGGCCAUUCCUCUACCCCAGUAUGGAGAAGAGGCUGGAAAAAUUGAUGCUAUCCUCAGGCAGCCAAGGGGGUCCCAGUGACUGCUGAUAUGAGGUGGGGCCUAUCCGUGAGGAUGGGCCAAGCUCUGAGCAACCCGAUCUAGCUGCCGCUGCCCCGUUCAUUGCAUGGGAGUUGAACUAGAUGAUCUUUGAGCUCCUUUCAACUCAAACAAUUCUGAUUCUGUGAUUUUAAGUGUGCUUAGGCACUGAAAUCUUCUUUCUCUUGCUGUGACAUACUUACAUCCCCAAGCAGAACUACAGAAGUAGCACUAAGGAAGCUUUCUCCUCUCCAUGAUGCACAUUCUGAUCACCUCCAGCUUGGCAAAUAACUGACCUGCCUUCCUCCUGGCUCUACCAUGCAGCCCCUCAGCUGGCACUUGUCCCCCAGCAUUGGAACAGGCUGCCCAGGUGGAGUCACAGGAUAUGGCACUGAGGGACAUGGUUAGUGGGCUUGGGGAUGGGUCAGUGCUUGGGCUAGAUGAUCUUAGCAGCCUUUUCCAAUCUUAAUGAUUCUGUGAUGUGUCUCGAGGAAUGUUGUGCCAAACAACCCAGACUACGACAGGACCCAGUAACUAUCUCAAGGCAUGCAUUGCCUUCUGGAGCCCAGCUGGCUCCUCUGUCACAGAGCUGCAAAAAGAGGUGAGCAGGGAACAGCAGGGGACAGGACAAACGCCGCUUUCAUGAAGAAGUGCAUGAGGAAAGCCACAGCGAGCUCAGCUGCACACCUGGUGGGAUGAUGCAAUUGAGACCUUUCUCAGCCUUAGGCAACCUGUUACUGUAAUUUCAUACCUGGGAUGCACUUGUUAGUUUCUCUGAUCCUUUGCAAGUUUAAGUCUUCCCAUCACAAACCACUCCUCCACCAUGGAACUGUCUGCUCGCUACUGGUGCUGUUCAUACGACGAGCCAUGUCCAAACACAAUGGAGGUGGGCAGGUUUUUCUUGUUCUUGAGUUUUAAUGUUCGUUUUGAUUUCAUAAUACUCCCUGUUCAGCAGCCAUUGGUCAGUGGUUGGGGCAGAAGACAGCAUCCAUGACAUGUAGAUGGGGCUGGAGAGAAACUCAGAGUGACCUCUGCUUGGCAGAUGCUCUUUCUCGGUCCCAGGUGGUGACCCAGUGACAAAGCCAUAUCCUGUACCAGCCAUCCUUUUCCCACAUAGGAGGGCAUCAAUAAGCCGAAGCCUUUCCCCUACUGGUACAGACACCAAUAUCCAUAAUGCUAUCUCCAGCAAACCAGAACCUCAUUGUCUUUGGACACGUGGAAGGCAAUUUUGCACUUCUGAGUCAUGGUUGGCUUUUAUUUUUCAUGAGUGUUGCUUUAAUUCAGUCCUGUUUAUUGGCCAAGCUCCACAUGAAAAAUAAACGGUGUACAACAGAGAUUUCUGCCUCUCACCUUCAUUUUAUAGCAUGUUGGGGCGCACCAACACAACUCCUGGCACAACCCCAUUGACAGCACAGCACUUGUCACCCCCAUCCUUUGUACCCCCAUACUUCACACCCCACAGAUGCCUCCUCAGCAGCCUCUCUGACCUGCCCAACAUGUGCUGUUCGGGUUCCUAGUGCUGCUCUCAGGAACCCCUCUCACCUCCUCCCCCAGCAGCAGCUGCUGGUGCUUUGUGAGCCAGGAUACAGCUCACAGGUGCACCGGGCUCCUGCAGGAGUGCAGCAGCAAACCUGAGCCACAGAGCACAGCUCCUGACACUGCCCCACGCAUCUGGCUCUUCUGCAGCUCGGUCAGUCUGACCCUGCAUGCUCUGCCUCGCUAACCUUCUUACAGACAAGAUAAAAGGGAAAUAGUUCCUGAUACUGCAGCAGCUGCAGAAAUUUGUUUUGUGUUUGUUACUUUGUUUUCCUCUGAUAGUUCUGCCUUAGGCAGAGAGCAGCUGAAGCAACAGACAGUUUGUUAGGACUUCCCAGUUGAGACAUUAAUUACAGAAUAAGUUCAAACUUCAAAGUUGCUCAGCACAGCAGAGAACUGCUGAAAGGCCCCCACCCAACACCCCCUGGCGACAUGAGCUUUGUUGCUAAAGGUGGACGUGGGGCAUUUUUCACGGCACCCUGCGGCACGUGGGAGACAGAAGACAUUCCCAGAGGAAGGUCUCUGCUGAACGCUCACAUGAGUUCAGAUAAACCUGGCAGGAGUUUCUGAAAUACGAAGCAGCAGAAAUGAAUUUCUGCAGUACGUGGCAGAGAGCUCCUGUUCCAGCUCUCAUGUAACACCUCGAGGAUUCGCUUACUUUUAAAUCCCUCUGUCCUUUAAGCAUGAAAUGUCAUAGUCUGAGAUCGCUCAUGUAAGGUUAUUUAGCUCACAAUACUCAAGGAAGAGAAACAUUUUAAAACCAGAUUAUAAUGUGUGCAUAUUAACCAUUAUUUCCAAAUGCAGUAAGAAUUCUUCUAAACUGCACCCAGUUGGACUACUGCAGAAGACAACCCUCUGUCCCUGUAAGCACAUGAAGGCAGGAACACACAAAGGGAAAAUCCUACAUGAAGGCAUGAACCAGGCUGCAUGCACAACUGACAUCUCUCAUGUAUUUCAGACUCCAAACCCAGCCUUGUUACAUUGAAUUACGGCCCCAGCAGCAAAUCCUGGAAUUUUUAAGCCUGUUCUAUCAUUUUCUAGUCACAUUUCCCCACCAGCAAAUGACAUUUACCAGUAAAAUAGGGUAACUGAACUGCAAAGCCAUUGACCACUUAGGAAAGGUGAAUUAUAACCUCCUCUGUACAGAGAAGCAGCUUUGAAACCCAGCAGCACUUCAACAGAUGCCAUGGGAACCUUGCAAUUUUCUUGAAAGUUACAAGAGCUUAAAAAUCUUAAUGGAAAUGGAACAAUUUCCAGGUAGAAGCCCAGAAUACAAUUUCAUAACAGACAUCCCAAGCACCAUGAACAUCCCAUACGUUUCAGGUUCAGGGAGAUUUGCACAGCAGGAUGAAGAGGUGCUCACGUGCUUCAAGGAAAACAUGUGAUGAUAAACCACUGCAGCGCACACACAGAGCAACCCAACAACAGGGCUUACGAAAUCGACUAUCGCUCCCUUUGCUCCAAACCA